UUUACUUUAUUAAAGAAGAUGAAACCUCCCUGUCCUUUCUUAUUUUUCACCUGCCAAUGCCUGCAUCUCAUAGUAGUGUCAUCUAUGCAUAUACUGGUCUCUGACUCAGCCUUACAAGCUUAUCAUCAGAUGAAUAAAUCAAUGAAAAAUAUAUCCAUGAAAAGAACAUCAAGCACUGGCAUCUUUAUGUAGCUUUUGUAAGCUACAAUCAAUGUUGUUUGUACACUUCUCUCUAGAUCUCUGUCUCUCUCUCUGUACACCUAAUUCAUAAUGGAUGUUCAUAAACCAUGUAUUCCAUACCUUGCAAUGAUACUUGCUAGAAUUCUGUUCGCAGGCACUACAUUGUUCACCAAGACUGCUGUUGCUGGAGGCAUGAACCCUUUUGUAUUCGUCUUUUACCGACAAAUUUUUGCUUCGCUUGUUCUAAUUCCAGUCAUCUUCUUCUUUGAAAGGAACAAGAGUUUGCCUCCAUUGCCUCUGUUCAGGAUCUUCAUCAUCUCUUUAUGUGGGAUUACAUUGUGCUCCUUUCUGUACACCUUCUCACUGAGAUACACCUCAGCUACAUUUGCAGCAGCCUCAGCAAAUGCAGUUCCUGCCAUCACUCUUCUGCUUGCUCUAAUUCUAAGAAUUGAGAAGCUAAAAAAGAAGCACAAGUUCUCUUCUGCAACAAAGCUACUGGGAACUCUGUUAUGUCUAGUAGGAGCAUUCUUAUUUGCAAUCUACAAAGGUCCUGCAGUGCAGUUCAUAAAUCACCAUGAAAUACAAAAAACAGCCACAUCUCAUGCAGAGAAGGUGAUUUCAAGAGCAGACUGGGUGAAAGGCAGCCUACUAAUGCUUCUAGCUCAUACUUGUUGGUCCAUUUGGCUCAUUUUACAGGGCCCUUUGGUUCGCAGAUACCCUGCAGAGCUUCGGCUUACCUUUUUACAGUGUAUUUGUAGCAUAAUUCAGACUGGACUGAUAACUGUGAUAUUUGAGAGGAAACCAUCAGCAUGGAAGUUGGGAUGGAACAUUGGAUUGCUUGCUUCUGUCUACUCUGGUGCUGCUACUGCUGUUUGUUCUUGGUUGAUGACUUGGUGUGUGGAUUGUAAGGGUGCUGUCUUUACUGCAGUGUUCUCUCCAUUGACAUUCUUGGCUACUGUUGUUUAUUCCAUUGUUUUUUGGAAUGAAAUCCUUCAUUGGGGAAGUGUUGGUGGAGCUGUGAUGCUGGUACUUGGGCUCUAUUGUGUACUGUGGGGAAAACACAAGGAGUCAUCAUCAAGCUCUCCUAAACAAGCUCAAGAAAUGGGUGAUAACAUGGGACAUUGAUCAAUCGAAAUUUGCCUUUCAUUUGUUUGU